UUACUCGAUCCUUCGCGAUUUGAGUGGCAGCCUGUGUUCUCCACAUCCGUGCUCUCGUAGAUCCCGAAUAUUGUGUGCAUCCCACCUGCGUAUCUCCUGCCGGGGAUUUCUUAUCUGAGAUCUCUCUUGUUCUUGCGCAUAUGCAUAUGUGUGGUCUCCUCGCACGGAAAUGAUAAACCGGCAUAUUUAGGAAGGGAUGGCGCGAUCGAUCGUUUCUUCUUCUCUUCUAAAAUCGGCCCUUGGAACAUAUCUGUGUGACAACCAAGUUAGUACUCUAUUACUGUACGUACUUGGAUGAAUUCAUGGUUCUAUACUUCUGUUGGUGCGACGAUUUAUGGCUUGAUUUGUGAAAUCCAAGAAAAAAAACCGUUCUUCGCGCCAACAAAAUUUUGCUCGUGUCUUGUUCCAUUCUGAAUUUCUUUGCAAGGUUAUUCUAGCUCAUGUAACUUUGCUGAUCUACUUCUUGCAUGCUUAUUCCCGUGAAUCUGUCCUUUGAGUAAACCGUGCAGGCAGCUAGCACACCGAUUCCAUGAGGGGAAGCGCGAGGUCUCUAGUUGAAACCGCAACCAGACAAAUCAAACCUGGCAAUGGACUCGCAAGGGUGAUGACGAUUACCACUCCCAAGAAGCACGAGAAGGAGAUCAGCCCUACUGAAUCUGCCCUCCCAAAGGAUGAAAACGUCGAGCCCCUCGUCGCUUUCAGCCGGCCGCCUCCUUUGCCACCGGUUCUAGGCCCCUUGAUCGCGCUCUCGCUUUUUCAGACUUCUUCUAGUGAUGAGGACAGCAAAUGAGUCGCCAGAAUUCUGUGCAGGGGGCUUGCUUGUUUGAUCGCUGAGUUGGUUACUUUUGGGAGCCUGGCCGUGUAUAUAGUCAGAGGUUGUAGACAUCAUGUUGCUGUAGUAGUCUGGCAAGUACUACGAAAUCUGAAUAAUGUAGUAGUCUUGUGUGACAACUUUUCAGACUGAACGAAUUUCAAAGUC